AUGUUUGCAGAAGGAAAUCGCAUGUCGUAUAGAGAAAAACAAACAUUUCAUCAAUCACCUACUCGGACAGACGACGAAGAUGAAUCCACUAUUUCUGAACUAGAACAGGAGCUGAUCAAUGGAAUGAAGAAAUUAGAAAUUCCGAACGUGGAUAAAUUACCAGAAAAAAUUCAACAAACUCAGCAACGUAUCAAAGAUUAUCCAGAAAAUGAUAGAGAAAAACAUGCCGAAAAGGAAAUUCAGGUUUUGCGGCAGUUGCAACAUUUGAAGCUCGUAGAUGGCACGAUUACGACAUUGAAAUCCUCUGGAUCAGUUGAAGACUGUACCAAUGCGCUAAAACAUUGUCGACUCGACCAACAGCUGGUCAAUGGACUGGAGAAAUUGAAGAUUCUGGACGAGAAUAAGUUACCAGAAAAAAUUCAACAAACUGAACAACGUAUCAAGGACUAUCGGGAAGACGAUACAGAAAAAGGUGCCAAAGAGCAAAUGCAGAUUUUGAGCCAGUUACAACAUUUGACGCUCGUAGAUGACACGAUUAAGAAAUUAAAAUCUACUCGAUCGGUUGAAGGCAGCAGUAUUUUGAUGAAACCUGGUCGGCUCCAACAAGAAUCCUCAGCAAUUCCCAACUUUUGUCUGACAAGUAGUGACCAGAAAGUUGAAUCAAAUGAUCAACCUACCACAAGUGGAGGUAACAAACGUUCCAACUCGAAUUAUGCUUCUGACCAAUCAGCUAAACGAUGUCGUGCAGCAUCACCAAAGUCAUCUACUCCACAAUUUUUCGUUCCCUUGCGCGAUGUGGUGCCCAUCUGUGUCAAUCCAUUGAUGGACAAUAUUCGAAAUAAAUACCGACGAUUAUGUGGAUGGACUCGUCGAGGAUUUCCGGGAACUCAUCCUGUACGCAUGCAUCGUGGAAAUUAUGACAUAAUUUUGCAAUCAUCCUAUUUGAUAAGUUGGAAAUCGGUUGGGAAACGAUACAUGAUGUUAAUAGAAGACAAAGAUAAAGUGUACAUGCUCGAUCAAGGUGAUAAUUUAUUCAGCGUUGAUCAUAUCCAAUUUCCAUGCGAUGCGGAGUACACAAGUCAUCUCAAAGACACAUUAGUCGAUGGUGAAUUUAUAAUUAAUAAUGCCGAUGGUUCAAAUGAGCCUAGCUUUUGGAUCAGCGAUAUCAUCAUGUAUAAUGGCCAAAACGUGAGCAAAAAAACAUUUCCGCAACGUUUGACGCUCAUUUUUCAAUCGAUCGUCAAUAUACGCAACAAAGUCAUUGGAAAUAGCCACAUUAAAAAGGCAACGCAACCGUUUUCGAUACGAAAUAAAUACUUCUUUGGUUUGUCAGAAGUAAACAACCUUAUUAGCCGGAACUUUAUUGAAACUAUACCUCAUGAAAUCGAUGGAUUACUUUUUUUACCAGAAAAAGAUGCUUACAAGUCCGGUGAAUGUCUACGCGUACUAAAAUGGAAGGAAAAUGAGACAAUCGAGUUUCGUUUGAAAAUUACUGUCAAUUCUUCAAAGAUAAGUGGACUUACAGAGAAGAAUGCUGAUCUCUUUCUCAAUCACGAGAAUGAUCCGUACGCCACGAUGCGUUACUUACCGAAUUUGGAGCAGUAUGACAACAAAAUUAUUUCAUGUUCGUACAAAGAUAGCCAAUGGCACUUUCAUCGGUUACGUGAUGAUAGACCGUGUCCUAAUUCAAAAGAAGCAGCUAAGAGUGUUAUAGAUGCACUGAAAAGACCGGUCACAAGAGAAACUCUGUGUGACUUGAAAAAAGAUCAAUAA